GAAAAGAAGAUAAACACAUUGCACUGCAGUACGCACUGACACAAGUCAAAAUUUUGGAGCAAUAGAGUACAAGGUAAAAUAAUGGACAAAUUGCUAUAUAUCUGCAUUCUACUCCAUUUAAUCUGUGGUUCUGCUACUCAGAAAAAUGGAACGUUUCUUUAUGGCAAAGAGGUGACAGCAAUUCCAGAAACACUGAAGCCUGAAAUCAAAGAGUUCCUUUUCAUCGAGAGUCUGAUUGAUAUCAUACCGAAAGGAGCAUUUUCCAAUAACCCUCAAUUAACAAAAAUUGAAUUUUUUAGGACAAGUACAUAUUCUAUUGAAGAAGGUGCAUUUGAAGGUUUAGAACAUCUGCAUACCAUUGACAUUUCAAAAACCAACCUGACAUCUCUACCUGUUGGUGUUUUUAAGGAUCUGUCCAAUCUUAGAAAACUGAUUCUGAAAUCAAACAAAAUUCAGAAGCUUGAAAAGGGACUGUUCGAUGAUACCAAGAAUCUUGAAAUACUCCGCAUGCAAGAGAACGACAUUUCAGCAAUUGACGAGGGAACAUUUGAUCACUUGGAGAAUCUCACAGAGCUUAAUCUCGCAAAGAACCUUCUUUCAUCCAUCUCAUCAUCCCUUUUCUCAAAGCUCAGUAAGUUGAUCAAAUUCAGGUUGUAUGAGAGCCAGCUGUCUUCACUGCCUGAUGGAAUUUUUGAUAAUCUGCCUAAUCUGAGGGAAAUAGACCUCCAUAUGAACAGACUCACACAAAUACAACCAAAUCUGUUCCCGCACAAGAAGACAUUGACAUUUAUUUUGUUAGACAAUAAUCUCUUGACUGAUCUUCCAGCUGAGCUAUUUGUGGGUUCCUCUGCACUUAAAAAGUUGACAUUAAAUCACAAUCAGCUCACCACUAUCCCACCUCAUCUUUUCAAAGAUGCAGAUAUGAUGUCUGAAUUAUGUCUGAACAACAACAAACUUACAUCUUUACCUGCUGGGGUUUUUCAGUCACUGACACAGCUUAAGAAAUUAGACCUGUCCUCAAAUCAGUUUUCAACUCUAUCUGGAGACUUUUUUGAAGGACUUGAGAAACUUUCGGAGCUCAAUCUUCAGAAUAAUCUCAUCGAAUCACUAAAGCCUGAAGACUUCACGAAACUCCGAUCUCUUUCUACCCUCAAACUGAAUAUCAAUAAACUGAGAAUGAUUUCAAAAGAGGUCAUUGAAUCUCUGCCAGAAAAGCUCAGUAAGGUAUAUUUGAACAACAACACAUGGGAAUGUGACUGUAACCUACUGCCCAUGUAUACGUGGAUGAAGUUAAAUCCAAGUAAGAUGAAGUCUACUUUUCCAGAGGUUUGUGAGUAUCCUGAGUAUUUAAAAGGCCAACCAAUCUCAUCAUUACAAAACGAUCAACUGAUAUGUUCCACAACUAAACCGAGCUAUUUGUGGGUUUCUCUGCACUCAAAAAAGUUGACAUUAAAUCACAAUCAGCUCACCACCAUCCCACCUCAUCUUUAUAAAGAUGCAAAUAUGAUGUCUGAAUUACUUUUGAACAACAACAACCUUACAUCUUUACCUGCUGGGGUUUUUCAGUCACUGACACAGCUUAAGAAAUUAGACCUGUCCUCAAAUCAGUUUUCAACUCUUUCUGGAGACUUUUUCGAAGGACUUGAGAAACUUUCAGAGCUCAAUCUUCAGAAUAAUCUCAUCGAAUCACUAAAGCCUGAAGACUUCACUAAACUCCGAACUCUUUCUACCCUCAAACUGGAUAACAAUAAACUGAGAAUGAUUUCAAAUGAGGUCAUUGAAUCUCUGCCAGAAAAGCUCAGUAAGGUAUAUUUGAACAACAACACAUGGGAAUGUGACUGUAACCUACUGCCCAUGUAUACGUGGAUGAAGUUAAAUCCCAAUAAGAUAAAGUUUACUUUUCUACUUUUCCAGAGGUUUGUGAGUAUCCUGGGUAUUUAAAAGGCCAACCAAUUUUAUUAUUACAAAACGAUCAACUGAUAUGUCCCACAACUCCAACCAUAACAACUUUAUUACCAACCACUACUUCAACUACACCAUCAACCACUUUUCCUUAGACAACUGUUCCAACAACAACCUUCACCACUCCAUUAGAAACCACUCAGCCUACAACUACACCGUCAACCACUUCCCCUUCCACAACUUUUCCAACAACAACCUUCACUACUUCAUUAGAAACCACUCAUCCCACAACUACACCGUCAACCACUUUCCUUCCACAACUGUUCCAACAACAACUCUCACCACUACGUUAGAAACCACUCAGCCUACAACUACAGCAUCAACCACUUCUCCUUCCACAACUGUUCCAACAACAACAUUCACCACUACGUUAGAAACCACUCAGCCUACAACUACACAAUAUGUUGAGUUUCUAAAAUGCAUUGAAAAAUAAAAACUUUG